UCCAGGUAAUCACCGAAUGUUACAUGGUAAUCGAGGGUUUCAAGGAAUGCACGUCACUGGCACACAAACUUGGCCAGACAUUGGCCAGUCUCUCCACCUCACUUCCACGACGCCACAAAUACCAGCUGGGUGUAAGAAGUAUUCCUAUUAUACUUAAUCUGGCCAAGGAAGUGAUGAAGAGGCAGCCAGAAGUAGAUGAACUUGAUACUGUGCCCUUAGCUCUGAGAGAGUACCUAAUACCUCAGCUGAGGGAAGAAGAUGCACCUAUCUUCAAGGAAAUGUUUCAGAUAAUGUUCCCUGAAUUUGACAUUGCUCCUUAUGUUAAUGACAUCCUGAAGGAUGGUGUGACAGCAAUGAUGAAGAGUAAUAACUUGAUUGUCAAGGAUAGCUAUAUCGACAAGGUUCUACAGCUACACGAUGCUAUCUCCAGGAACCAAACAAUCAUACUCUUUGGGAAAUCAGGAUCAGGGAAAUCCACAUCCCUAACGACCCUUGAGAAUGUUUACAACAAACUCAACAGUGAAGGGAAUGCCAGUUACAAGGCUACUAAAAGAGAGAUAAUAAAUCCACUCAUAGUUGAAGAUACAACACUUUACGGCCCUUAUGAAGAUGUGGUGGGCAAAACAAACGAAGGCUUCUUAGCACGGCUUGUAAGGAAGUCUCAGAAGUCCAGUUCAGGCUUUGAAACUUGGAUUGUCUUCGAUGGACCAUAUGGACACCCAUGGCUUCAUGAUUUCUUUGCCCACCUAGAUGCAAAGAGCAAUUCUUUUAUGGGCAACAACCGACAGAGUAUCCCUCUACCAAGCAACUUGAAAUUUAUCAUAGAAGUAGCUGGGGACAUUGGAUGUCUAACCCCAGCAGAGCUGACCUCUUGCUUUGGUGUGUUCUUCCCGGCCCAGCCACAGUUAUGGGAAGAGGUUGUCCAUAGUUGGUUGGGUACACUCACUAACUACAGAAUAACUCGAGCCCUUCAAAGCUUGGUAAAGAAAAACCUUCCAAAUUUUAUAAAUAUCCUGCAAGAGAGUGAAGUGAAGAAACCUCACAUGAUCAUGAAGGCUAGAGCAUUUGUGGCUAUUCUUAAUUACUUUUUAGACACUGAGCUGACACAAACAGAGACUGAAGACUGGGUAGAGAGGCUUACACCUGCAUUCAUCUUUGGCAUCAUCUGGUCCUUUGGUGCCUGUAUAUCAUCAUCUGAGGCCGACGAAUUUCGGGAAGUGGUGACAAGGACGAUCGAAAAUGUACCUGAGGGAGGGAUUUAUGAUUAUUGUGUGGACAUAUCAUCAGGUCAGUUUAAGUCAUGGGCAAAGUUCACAACGGAAAUGGAAAUGUAUAACCCAUUUGUUAACACUAACAUUGUCAUGACUGACCGUAUUAUAAAAUACUCAAAGGUAUCCCAAAUCUUGAUGAGCCAGGGCAUUCCUGUCAUACUGAAAGGUAAUCCUGGGUCAGGAAAGUCGACUUUGAUAAAUGUCCUAAGACAAACUAUGAAUAGCACCACAGAUCUUGCUGUAGUCAGCUAUACAUCUUUUACCCAACCUAAGGACAUACAAAAAACAAUCGAAGAAAACCUUAUAAAACAAGGUAAAGAUAUACUAGCAGGUAGAAAGUCAAAACUCCACUUGCUAGUCGAUGAUCUCCACUGCAGUGAAGGUGAAAACCACAUGCAUCAGGUCUUAGCAACAACCAAUUUUACUGCAAAGUACCGUAAACUGUUUAAUCAUGAGAUUAAAUCUUUCCUUGGACUUCCUGAAAUUUGUUAUUUGUUCACCUACCAAACAAAGGAAUGCGUCUCAGGUGGACAGGACGACACCCAGAUGAUUAAUAAUCAUGUUGAAAAUUUCUGGAUGGGAUCCUUUCAUCUGCUAACCCUACCCUCUUGCGAAAAUGCAGAGUUGGAAAGUAUAUUCUGCACUCUCUUUGAUCAGAAUCUUGGCCACUUUGAACAGGAAGUAAAGUGCCUGAAGAUUGUAGUUGCAGAAGGCAUAGUACACUUGUACCGCCGUAUGGGUGAAGUGAGCAAGCAAGUGUGUGGAGACCACCUACCUCUUGUCCAUCACCCACGACAAGUAAUAUCUGUUCUCAAGGGACUUCAACUUGGGGAUGAAGAGACACAGGACCGUGAUAAUUUCUUGAAGCAUCUAGCUCACGAGUGCUUCAGAGUCUUCCAGGAUGUUGGUGUCAUACAGCCAAAAGAAUUUGAAAGUCUGAUAAAUGAUGUAUUGUCAGAAUAUCUCUGCAUAUCCCUCGAUAAAGUCUGUGAUAACCCAAGCAUGUUCCUUCUGACCCGCCUUGCUAGCGAUGACAAUUUAUACACAGAUAUACAAGCUGACACUGUUCGAAAUGUGCUUAAGAGUGCAGGGCAGGCUCUAUUAGGUCCUAAGGGAUUAUUUGCCAUCUAUGACAGUCUCAUCCACCAUACCAUUCACCUGAUAAGGAUCCUUGGGAAACAAAAGUCAAGAGAAAUAAAAUCCUCCAGUGCCCUAGAUAGCAUUGGAGGGCAUCUCAUCUUAAUUGGACCAGAGGGAUGUGGCAAAAAAACUUGUGCCCGCUUAGUGUCAUCUAUAGCUGGAUUCAAGACAUACGACAUUAAUGGUACUGAAUCAGAAGCAGAAACUAAAAGAGAAGAUAUUAUUAAGGAUCUCACUGAAGGCAUCUCGGUACUUGUUAUCAUAGACUGGAAUGUACUGGAUGAUUUAAGGAAUAUUGCAUUCUUGAAUGACCUUUUGGUUGAAAAACAGAAUAUUGCAAAUCCUCAUGAGGCUCAGCAUACUGUAAGAAUCUUGAUUUCCACUCCUACACUAAAAGAGGCAUAUGAUAUUUUGAAGUACAUUCCUGCAGUUUCAAACUAUUAUAAUGUUGAUUCAUUCCAAGAAUGGAAUACCGAAGAGCUCCAAACUGUCGCCAAGCAAAUUCUUAUGGAAAAACUGGGGCAGUCACUGCCAGAACUGAAAGCACAAGCUGUAGCCGAAGUCAUGGCAUACAUUCACCAAAAUAAUUCUGAAGCAAAGUGGCAGCCAUCUUGCAGGUUCUUAGGGUUUCUAAAGUCAUUCUUGCAUCUUCAUGAUAAACUAUUAACUGGUAUCAUUGAAGAGAAAGAGAAACUCAAUAUGAGCAUUAUCAAGUUUGAAGACACACAAAAACGUGUUACAGAACUCUCUAAACAACUAGAAGAACAGCGUGCUCAGGUGACCUACAUCCAGCAGACAUGUGGCAGCGUUGUUCUAAAGAUGCGUAAUAUUAAAUCUGAGCAAGGGAGGCUUGAGCAGGAUCUCAAUAAGAAUUUGGGACUUCUAAAGAGGCAAAAAGAUGAAUCCUUGAGGAUCAGAGAACUCAUCAAUCGAGACCUCACAGCUCCAAAACAGGAAAUGAAAGCAACACAUCGAAAGUUAGACCGCAUAACAAGGGCUGAGUUAGAAACACUCAAGUCCCUCUCUAGGCCUCCUCCAUCAGUUGAAUUGGUGUUUGAUGCAGUGCUAACGACCCUAGGACUUGAUCCUUCCUGGAAUGAAGCCAAGAAACAAAUGAGUAGUGGACUCAAUUUCAUCUCAUCUAUUAGGAAAAUUCCAGUAGAAGAGACAGAUGAGAAAAUUCUAACCAGAAUUCAGGCCUACCUGAAAAUGGAAGAUCUGAACAUGGAGAAAGUUACAGAGGAAUCAUUCACAGCUGCAACAUUCCUUAGUUGGCUUUGUGCUUUUGAAAAAUAUGUAAGAGUAUAUAAAGAUUAUCACCCUUUGAAAGUUCAGGCUGACAUUAUCACAAGAGAAAUUGAAGCAACAGAAACAACAAUUAACCAAUACCAAGAAGACCUGACUGGUUUUGGUAUGGAGCAUAAGGUCCUUAUGGCCCAGUUGAAGGAAAAGGAACACCAGCUUGAAGUAGCUGAGGAAGAGAUGAAAGUUCUCGAGAGCCGGAUACAGUUGGCCCAGAAGGUAAUGACUCAGCUUGGAGAAGACAAAAUCCAUUGGGAGGAAGCAUUAUCUCAAUGCAGUGUUAAACUACGGAAUAUCUUUGGUGAUGCUGUCCUGGCAGCAGCUUAUGUAACCUAUUUGGGCACUUUUAACCAUGAAGAGAGACCUGACGUAAUCAAAUCUUGGCAAGAUAAGAUGAAUGAACUCUGCAUAUUCAAUACUGAAGACAGGACCAGCCUCGACAUUCUAGCUCCCAUGGAAUCCCAGGCUAAGUGGCACGAAGAAGGUCUGCCAAUGGACAAUUACUUGCUUGAGAAUGCAGCUAUUAUAUCCAACUCAGACUUACCACAGCUUAUCCUUGACCCUCACUGUCUGCUUGAAACUUGGAUUCACAAGAGGAGAGAUGCAUUGGAGAUCAACCUUGAAGAAGAGGAGUUUAUGGACCAGUUUAAUGAGGCAAUAUCAAAAGGCAGAUCAUGCAUCAUUACUCUAGAGGAGUUAUCGUUCCCUAUCAAAGUGUUCCAGAUUCUUGAGAUGGAGCAAGUAAAAUCGUCCAGCAAGGAUAAAACAUUACUCAAAGUUGGAAAUGAAACCUAUGAAUUACACAAGGACUUUAGACUCUUCAUUAUUCUAAAGAGUAAUAUUGACUACUUAGACAACAACAUUAAGACACUUGUGAAUGUUGUAGACAUGCAGAGCAACCAGGAAGGUAUGAUGAAGUUACUUACAAUGAGAGUUGCUUCCCACUGUCAGCCGGAUCUCAUAGAAUCCCUAAAGAAAAGCGAGUUCGACCUGCUGGAAAAGCAAAACCAACUAGCAGAGCAAGAAGCAACCAUAAGAAGCCUUAUGGCUCGCUUUGAUGAUGAUGUACUUGAAGAGAGCACAUUGAUGGAGAUGUUACAGGCGGCAUGUGCUAAAGCAACUGAUGCCAAGAAGAAGUGCCACGACUUAAGAAAGUCCCUUGAUGCUGCUAAAGAGGGCAUAAAGACUUAUGGCAAGAUUUCGGGACUCCUUACCGAAAUCUACAUCCUUGUGGAGCGACUCCCACUAUUCAAUCCCUCUUUGGUCAUUGGGAUCGACAGGUUCAGUGCACUCGUCAUUGGAGAGAUGCAACCCCAAAACUUUGCCAAUGCUUGGGGCAGACUUCUCGAUGCUAACACUGUCAUCAAAAUGCUUCAAACAAUAUUCAGAUACUUCCAGGAUCAAGUUGAUGACAUAGCACUAGUGACAAUAGGCCUUGUGUUAGCCAUGUGGUACGAGUGUCACAUCGGUCUCACUACACCCCAGUUUUGCUCUCUCCUACAUGCCUCCUCCUCUUCACAGAUUGGAAGUGAGCUCUCAUCUCUUGAGUCUGAGAAGAAGGAGCCAAAGGGUGAGAAAUCUUGCUCUGUGCCCAAGUCCUCUCACCCUGUAUGGUUGACAGAUUCGCAGUGGCUCCAAAUACUCUCCUUGUCUAAAGUGGAACCUUUCACAAAUCUUAUUGAAAGUCUAACAACCCAUGAAAAACUUUGGCGAGUAUGGUAUGUUACAGAACAGCCAGAAACAGUGCCAUUGCCCAAUAAGUUGGAAAGAAAGAUUCGUGGGGUUGCCAAACUUAUCCUGAUUAACUGCCUCCGUCCAGAUCGCCUGGAUGAAGCUUCUAUGAUCUAUGUAGAACGCGUACUGAGGGUGGAGGCUGAUCCUACCUCGGCCAAAGCAUUGCUUGCUGUUGCUGGAAAGGGCUCUCCCACUGAACCAGUUAUCAUCUACAGUUCUGCACCACUUGAUGUGGAACACAUCUUAGGGCAAAUACAACCAUUGUGCCAUCCUGUCCUCAUAUCAAACCCGGAUUCUGUUAAUGUCUUGGCUCUCAGUGAAGGAAGAGAGGACUACCUAAACCUUAUCUUUCAGAAGUGUUGCCAGAAAGGAUUUUGGCUCCUUCUGAAAAAGGAUACUGAAGCCGAGUCAUGUAUAAAUCACUUGUGUAAACUUUUAAAGGAUAAGUGCAUUAAGGAGGCCCACAAGCGAUUCCAGAUUUGGAUGUAUCUACAGGAGGAAGACACUUUGCCAACCAACUUAAUGAUGUCCUGCCACAAAGUGUAUUUAAGCCUUCCACAAACAGUCAAGGAAUCAAUAAUGCAUUUAUACGAGCUCAUUGGCGAGUCUCGUCUCAAUGCCUAUACUAAUGAAUGGAGCAAGUGGUGCCUUAUGAGCCUUGCUCUCUUCCACAUAGGUUUUGUUACUCGGCAGGCCUUUGAGGACCCCAGUACGCCCCUCGCUCAGACGAUUGGAGAUGACCAGUGGGAAGAGGCAGAGGCUUGCCUAAGGUCCCUAGUGUCUGGAGCCCAUACAGUCGACGGCACUCUUGUUCCAGCACUGCUAGAACAACUUACAAGUAUCUACAUCAAUGGGGCAGUGACAGAAGAAAGUUACAUCAUACUCACUCGCCUGCUGAAUGAAUAUCUGUCCAAUGAAGCUAUCCAGAAUAUUUCAAGUCGUGUCUCAGCUCUCACCCAUUACUCAGUACCACGAUCCACUUCAAUGGAGGAUCAUACAGCUCAGAUGGAAUACAUUUAUUUAGCUCAAAAUGUGUCACUCACCCAUGGUGCCCCAACACUUAUAUUUGAGAACCAGAGGAAAGAAGCUGAGAGCAUUAUUAUAGCUAUGAGACGAAUGGACAAAGCCAGCAAGUCAGAAAUAGCAACAGAGACAGAUUACUGGAUUAAGAUGUUCACCCCAAAGCCCAAGAAGGAAAGCAGUGCCACACCAGCCCAGACAUCUCUACAGCUUAUCCUCAGGCAAGAGUUUGAACAUUAUAUUAAGACAUCAGAAUCUGUUUUCUCGAAACUGAAGCAGACAGAUGACAUAGAAUCUGUGUCUGAAAUCCUUGAAUCCCCAGAUCUUAAUCUUGUCCAAAACCAACAAGAUGCUGACGAGUGUGACGUCGAGACGUUGCUUUGUAAAAUGCUUUGGCGUGGGCACUAUCUUACAGGAAUAGUCAACCAGCCUAGUCCCAUCAAAAGCAUCCGACUGGGCCUCCUACAAGAACCCGCAGCAGCUUGGGCAGCUUUUAUCCGCAACAACUUCGGGGAAGUGCGCGCCCCAGGAAUGGAGGUGGCAGUCGUUACCCAGGCACUUUGGGACAGUCUUGGCUUCAAAGCUGAGGGAGACAGUCGAGUGAUCGACGAAGAGGACGAAAUCACGACUCUCGUUCUCGAGAAGCUUGCUCUGGGUGGUGCCUCAUGGGAUGCGGAUGCUGAGGUCAUCAUCCCAGAGGACCUGGCCGCUGCCACGCCCUUCUUCACGGUGCUGAACUUCACUAUCAUGCAGUUCACAAGCAAUGUGAAAAAAGAACUCAAGAAGAUUGGAGAAGCCUAUUGUACUCCAGUGUACGUUGGAUGCGGAAUGGAUACGCCCCUGUUCUGGCUGCAUUUGCCCCUCAGCCCCGCCAUCUCCUGCAGGGACUGCCACCUGAGGGGAGUUCGCCUCAUCGCCACGUAAUGAGAGGGGAGAGUGGAAGAAGGCGGGGAAGCGAAAGGCGGAAAAUGAGGAAGCCAAAUCGUGGGAACGAAUAAGAGAGAGAAAAAGGGGAAAAAAAAGAGGAAACAAAGAAUAAAAGAGAGAAAAAGAAAGCAAUGGGGGGGGAUAGGCGAGAUUAGGGAAACGAAACGAGGAGAAUAGUGAAAGAGAGAAAGAAAGGGAAAAGCAUUAUGGAAGCGGGACGAAAUUAAAUAGGUGAGAGAAGAUACUCGACAGAAAAAAAUAUAAAUAUAAAUGCAAACAACUGUAACAUUAAAAUAAUUAUUUUUGUAU